AUGCCACACGAAUGUUUCUCCCAACAGUCAAAAGUUUCUUCAGACUAUCAAGACUAUCUUACAUUUGACGUUCACCUUUACUUUUUUCAGUUAUUUACAGACUGUGUUGAAUUAAUUAGGCUCAUAUUUCAACUUGAAAUAUAUGUUAUGCACUUUAGCACGGAGUGUCUGAUAUUGAAACAGAGAAACUGUACUCUCGAAAAUAUUUACUUGAUGGUAUAUUUACAAUGCCACAUCUUUAAACCAAAUUUCGCUCACGGCAACAAGUUGAGAAUCAUACGUGCUGAUAACUAUUCAAAACUCAUCAAACCAAAGGUGUCUCAAUUAGAUACAUGCAUUUCAAAAAAGCUAUGUCAUGAGAUGAUUAAGGACUAUGACAUGACCCUUGUGUUCGCAGUAGCAGUUUCUAAUUCACCUUUCAGUUUAGACAUCUCAUUCAAACUUUUAGUUUCAUUACUUUUAAGCUGUUCCGAAAUUGAGUUAACGAUCGUGAAAUUUUGCCACACCACUCUUGCAGCUUCUUGGAUGCUUCCGAGUGAUUUCCUUGUCCGAGACUUGACUAGUUUUCUUCAAGUAAAAACUUCAUCGGAACAAUUGCGUUAUAAAGAUCAUUCGAAGAAGCAUUUGACACCUGACUUGCACAAUCGGAAGAAACACUCAACUGAACUGAACAAACGACAUUCAUCGAGUGCGUCUGCCGACAAAAGUUUAAAGAAAAUUGAUAGGAAAGAAAGCAUUGCAUCGACCUCAUCGCGAAAACUGCAAUCAACGAGCAAGCAGUCCAGUCUCACAUCCAUCAUACUGGCUGACGCCGAGAAACUAGUCUUAGAAUCAGUUGCUGAGCUUAAGAAAAAUAAUGUGAAAAAGGAACAUGGCGAAGAGGUAUUUUUAGUACCAGAGAGUCACAUGAACAUGGCUACUGUUUAUGGACAAAAAAACGAAGUGAGGUGUAUCUGCGGUGACAACUACGAUGAACGUAAGCUCAAUGACGUUAGGAAAAGACAACAAGAGGUGAUAGGUGGGACUCAUGGUACUGAAGAUCUCAAUGCUGAUAACGAUGAAGAGCUUGCUGCAAUUGAACAAAACGUGACAAAGGAAUUGGAAGGACAUGCAUUGUCAGAAACUGUACAAUCUAUAGAUCAGGAGCUGCAUGAUCGGGAAGUAACCGUCAUUUCAAUUUAUAGUGAUAAAUUGCCAACUGAAUCAAAACCCGAUAAAAAAAUUGAUGAAGAUGAUGAUGACGAUGAUGAUAGUGAUGUGAAAUCUGAAGCUGGUCCUAGCAAUGAUUACGUAAAGUUGCGCGAUGAAUCCCCUAUUGGAUGGUUUGCUGAGAGAGAGGCUGGUGACGUGUCUCAUGGGGGCACGGACUCGUCUUACACGGACAUCUCAACAGGAAGUGAUGAUGUGAGUCAAUCUGAUGCUGACAACAGCUGGGACUUCGAUAGACUGCUUGAUGAAUACAACUACUUAAUCAUGGAGGAGGAAGAACUCCUGGCUAUUGGUCAGUUGAUGAGAGGUGGAGAGAUUGGUUGA